AAAAGACCCUGAACGUCUCGUACCUCAAACACCGCAGGUACAUGGAGGGAUCAGAGGAAAUGAGCAAAUUAUUUCAGCAAGGUGGAGGGUUAGGGUGGUUGUGAGAUGUGGUACUGGCAGUCAGAAGCAGAACACAAGACCCAGAGGGGAAGUUGGGAAGGGAAGGAAAGAAAACCUGACACACAUUCACUGAAAGAAUGCAAAAGAGAACAAGAAACCAGAAGAAGGAUUUGCACUGAUGGAUUUUCAGCCCAGGGGAAUAAACCAGAAUGGUACAAGAAACCCAGCUGAAACCAAAAGUGAUGUGAGAAGGAAGCAGUCACUGUCUGCAGCUGCACCAACUACCCUGAGAGCUAGAGGGAUGAGAAGUCCCCAAGCAUCCCCAGCCUACAACACGAGCGAGAGGAGCUUUGGUGAAGAGUAAAUGCUUCAAAGUGCACUUUGUGCUCCCAGAUGAACUGCACCGAGUCCCUGGCAGUGCAAUAUCCCUCGUCCUCCAUCCUAGCCAUCUCCUGAGGCAGCCUCACUCGGACAGGCUGUUCUCCAGGGCCUGUUUCCAGCCACGGCACAGUGUCACCAUCCACAGUCCCUUCCAUCGCUGCUAGCCCUGAGCAGUGCAUCUUGGAGGAUUGGUAAGAGCUGGCCCAGGACUCGUACAAUUCUCAGCGUUGCUGCUUCCCUCUUGUGGUGAGGAAACAGCCCAAGAGAGACGUGGUAGGGACUACGGAUGUAGUACCCAUAGGCUGUGACAAACAGGUCUCAGCUAAGUCACCGGUGGGACAAAGCCUGGAUCUCUGCUGGGAAAGGGUGGAAUCUGGCUCCAGCAUUUGGGCUGUGGACCUGAAAAGCAUCUGAAGAAGCACAGAAGGAAGCAGAAAGGCCCUCUGCAAGCUCCUAGCUCCCGUUAAUUACAAUGGAUAUUUGUAAGAGUCACGAAAACACCUCCAAAUGCAGUGUGAACACUAUGGAGUGCUUCAUGGUCCUCAGCACACAAGCGCAGAAGAUAAGCAUUGCCACGCUGUGUGGCCUCUUUGGGACACUGUGCAUUUCUGAGAACUCUCUGGUGCUGUACUUGAUCUUCUCCUCCCCCGGGACCAGAAGAAAGCCUUCCUACCUCUUUAUCAGCAGCCUGGCCUUGGCUGACAUCCUGGCCAGCAUCAUCUUCGUCUGCAGUUUUGUUAACUUCCAUGUCUUUAAUGAAACUGAUUUCUCUAAAGAAAUGUUCCUGCUGCAGCUGGGAGGGGUGAACACAUCCUUCUCUGCCUCCCUGAGCAGCUUGUUGCUGACAGCCCUGGACCGUUACAUCUGCAUUACCCGGCCCUCCGAAUACAAGCUCCUCAUGACCAGGAAGAGAGCGUGGAUAGCCCUGGGGGUGCUCUGGGUGACAUGUGCAGCCAUUGCUUCCCUGCCUCUCCUGGGCUGGAACUGCUGCACACUCAAUUCAACCUGCUCCAAGCUGUUCCCGUUUGUGGAUGACAACUAUCUGUCGAGCUGGAUCUGCUUCAUCAUGGUCCUGCUGGGGUGCAUCAUCUACGCCUACGCACAUGUGCUAUGGAGGGCUCGCCAGCAUGUAGCCUACAUGGAGAAGCACCAAGCGCAGGCAGGAAAGCAAAACACCAGGAUGAGGAUGGAUGUCAUGCUGGCCAGGACCCUUGUCAUAGUGCUGACUGUCCUCGUGCUGUGCUGGUCUCCAGUCCUUGUUCUCAUGAUCUACAGCAUCUUCGCCAGUCUGAGCAAUCACCUGCGCAAAGUGUUUGCCUUCUGCAGCACCCUCUGCCUGCUCAAUUCCAUGGUGAACCCCAUUAUUUAUGCCCUGCGGAGCAAGGAGCUAUAUUCCUCCCUGAGGAGAGUCUUUUCUCAGUUCAGGAGGCAGUUGAAGGCCUCUGAGGAAAGCCCAGAAGCAGAGAGCACCCACAAGUCCUCCGUGAUAGAGACUGUCUGUGAGGACACACAUGUAACGUAGGGAGGCAGCCCUGGAAAGCCUGUACUCAGGCUGGCAGAAACUGUCUGGAUUACUUUUCUUUUUCUUUUCUCUUCAUGUGGAGAUCCUGGGAGAUGAGAGAUCUGAUGCCUGUCAUGGAGCCAGUUCCUGCUGAUGUUAUUCUUAGACACUGGGACAUAAAGUGUGCAGACUUACACAGGCGGCUGGUCCCCAAGUUGCAGAGAUACUGGUGCCAUGUCAGUGUGCCAGCCAUGAGGCAGCGGAAAACACCAUACCCCAGAACAGCAAAUCCUAAUAUUUUAUGACAACUCCUCCUGCCUGGCCUCCCACCUGUCCACAAGUAACCUCCUAAUCCGUUUUUCUUACAUUCAGUGGUGUUUUCCUUACACUCCACACAAUAUAGCUAACCUCAAGUAAAACACUCCAUAGACCUUCAGGUUCUCUAGAAAUCCCCAGGUAUCACAUAACUCUCUCUAAACCCCUUAAUCAGGCACGGGCAUAAUUGUGCAAGCACCGUCAGCAAAGUGCUAAUAGCACAUCGGUACAUAGCAGAGGUACAUCUAUUUAUACCACACUUGAAUGCCAUCCCAGGGUGUUAUGUAUUAGCAGCACAGUGACAAAAGGUCUUCAGGUCCUGGCAAAGGUGGCAGAGAACAUCAAAUCGUGAUAAGCUCCCGCUGGCAGUGAAUGCCUUGCUGCAUCAUGCAGGAGCAGGACCGGCAGCAGCAGGAGGCACCUCAGCCUUUGCUGGGAAACGUGCACAUGGUUUCUCUGGAUUUGCUUGCAGAUGGUCCUGGUUAAUUGCGUCUCACGGCACUUAGAAUUGUGUUCAUUUUAGUGGUUAAUUCUUUAUGGAAAAGUGAAAUGGUCUCACUCUCGUUUAUGGACUCUGCCAUAGUUUAGGAUUCCAAGGCGGACAGGAACCUGCAUGAAGCAUGUUUUUUUUUCCGCAAAUUUACAGAAAGCUAACCUGUGCCACACAAGCAUUUGUUGGAUGUUAUUGUGAUUAAACAAAGCCAUUUUUU